AUGCCAUUAACAAGUUCUGAACUUAUAAAGUGUUGUUCACGUCUGUUCGCUCUACAUAUCAAGAUUGUUCUUCCAGAAACUGAGGUUUCUUCGAAUUCUGAUUCUCAGUCAACGUUGUGCGAAGAGGAAUCGCCAGUACUGUCUGAUUUAUUCGCACAAAUUGGCUUAAGUGUACAUCAGUUUCAAGGUCACUAUAAACAGCCAGCUUAUACGUCACCGACAAGCGACAAAAAUUGUUCUAAACAGUCGGUCAUUGACAAUACUACACCUCAUUCAUCAACAUUAUCCAAAAUUGCUAUUAUUCCACACGAAAGAGCUCAACGUCUCGGCAUUUUACGCUCUGUAAAACUUCAUGAGGCAUGUUUUGAAUUUCUUAGUUCCAGUUCGACUGAGGACGUUAAAAAAUGGAGUCAUUUAUAUAAACAAGCUUAUCCCAAGAGUUUAUUUUCAAUUAUCUUAGAUUUAAUGAAUUGGAUUGUUUUAAUGUAUUAUCAUGAAUUGGAAUUCCCAUGUGAUGUUAUUACAAACCUCUUGAAUUUGGCUGGCAACAGUUGUGAAAAUCUAAUUGAAAAUCUUAUUGUUUAUGGUGAUCGUGAAACUACACAACUUGGAACUAAAUUUCUAUUCAGUUUACUCAAAUUGGAAUUUAUUUUCCUGAAGUAUGCAUCACCGUCAACCUGUAGCUCCAUGCCUAAUAGGAAGGCGGUAUUUUUUCAAAAAUUAUGUGAUUGUUUAUCUCUUCCAACAAGUGAAGAUUGUCGUGGGAAUAAAUUAACACGUUGGCUGUUAAUCUGUCAGACAUCAGGUGGUUGUGAAGCCUUACUGAAUCUACUCGAUUCAAUAAUUUCUAUCACUUCGAAUGAAAAUUACAAUGAUGCUGCAAGUGUGAAUUCAACAUCAUCAUUAUCAAUACUAAAAAAUAGUUUAUUAAAUCUCUUCAGUAUAAUUUCUAUGUUUGGAAAAGACUCUGCCGGUUCAUCACAGUUCUGGUAUCGUUUACCCUUAUGUCUUGGUCCUGUAUCACUCUUAAAUUUACCAAUAUCCAAUUGGACGUAUUCAGGCAGUGAAUGCUUAGCACAAUGCUUACCUGGAAAACUUCAAAAAGCAGAAAAAAACAAAACCACACAUUCUUUAUCGCAUAGUACUAACGCUAACAGUAAUCCUAAUAACUCUUCCCUCACAGUACCUGUGAGCAGUACUCAAUCAAUUGUAAAUCAUAAUCCCAACGGAGAGAACAAUAUAUUCACUAGUCUCAGUGGUAUUUCAAUACCUAAUAGCUACUUAUCCUUUUUAAGUGGUUGUUCAAAUUUCAACGAUUUUGUUGAUAUAUCUACAGACAGUGCUACAGUACUACAAAAGUCUACGCAUUCAUUGUUUCCACUGUCAAAUUAUCCACCGGAAUUACUUAUUCAUUUAACAGAUAUUAUCUCAUUUAUGCGAUAUAAUUUCAUUACAAAUAUUGAUCCAUCGAAUAAUGCCAAUAAUAUUAUCUUACCAGAUUUACAAGAUUGGCAUUUGUACGGUUUACUAGAUGUGGAACCGUUACAUUUCCCACUGGAUAAAUUAUCACUACAGUUGAGCGAUGAUUGUGAAGUAGAACGCGUAGAUUUCUUUACUGGAGAACUUUUGGUUGACAGUGAACAACAUUGUAUGACAAUUAAUGAAUCACAAAUGAAUCCAAGCGAAAAACAUCGUCUUUCUGAUGCAUUAUCUCAUUUAACAGAUCCCGUGGAAGCCUAUCAUUUAGUGAUAUCCCGUAUGCAUCCAGGAGCACAUCGUUCAGUUACUUUCAGUUUCAAUGCUUUAAAUAAAAAGCAUAACCAUCUAUCAUCCUCAUCAUCAGUAAAUUUACUCACUGAUAUUAUAAUUCCAGUUAAUCCAUGCCUACAGUGUAUCACUCUUGAAGCUUUACUGGACAAUCCAGCAGGUAGUCAAUCGUCCAAAAAAACACUAACAAAAUUGAUAGCUGUAUCAACAGAUAUUGCUUGUUCAACCCUCGUGUUACGUGAUAUUCAUCCACCGAUUGAAUUUACUCGUCUGCGUAUAUCGAUUGUCGGUCGUUUAGACUAUCCACAUGGUAAAGCACGUAUUCAUCUUGGUGCGUAUUUUGGUAGAGCUGGUCUAUUAAUGGACUGUUUCAAUCCUAUUCAAUUCAAUGCUGAUAAUCGUGCAUUGAAUAUAUUCAAGUGUUUAGAUAGUCUUAUAAUGAGUAGAACAACAGAGUUUAUCACUGUUCAACAGAAAUUAUUAAAUAUUUGGAAUCAAAGUGAUAAAAAGCCCAUAGUAACUAGAAACAAAGAUGAAAGUGAAGUGCCAUCAUCUGUAUUAUCUGAUAGUAGUGAUCUGGAAAUGUCAUUAUUAUACAGAAAAUGUUGUAGCCUUCAAUACCAAAUAAAUUGGUUGUGUCGUACAUCGACUCGUUUGAGAAAUGGAUACUAUCCUGAAAGUGCUUAUGAAUAUAGAAAUCGAAUUUGUGAAAUGUCUGAUGAACAAUUGAAAAAGGAUUUGUAUCCAGAUAAAAUUCGAUAUAUUUUAGAACGUUGUUUACUUUGCUUACUAAGUCACUCAAACAGUCUGUUGUCUCUAGUCAAGCCGAUAUCACCGUCACCAGUACUACCGCCUACUGAAUCAGAUAAUAAUCAAGCAUUUAUUCAAUAUGUUGACGAGUGUUCCACUAAUAUUUUGCAUGAUAUGCUUAUUCAUGGAAGUCGUUCAAUGCAGAUACUCAUUGUUGGACUAAUGCCAGUUUUAACAAAAAUCAAUUCUCUGCUCUCGAUUGCCUCUUCAACUCCUAAUGAGCAUAAUUUCCUUUGUAAAUUUAUCAGAGAAUUUAAUGCCUCCACUAGUUUAAUAAAGACUAAGCCACAACUUUCAAUGAUUUAUGAAUCUAGAAGACAUUUGUUGUACUGGGCUGUUAUUCAACGUCUUAUACAUUUUGGAAUGACAGGCGACUUGUUGAAUGCUUCUGUUUCUAUUCUACAAAAUGUCUGGAAUUCUAUAGACAAAGCUGAGUCGAAUAUUUUCACUGAUGUUCUUCAGUUAGUGGAUACAAUCAUAGAAAAUGGUUGUUCAUCUCUUCUUACUCUACAUAAAUCAUUCUCCAGUCUACUUACAUCACUUGAUGCGUGUCAAUCAGCCUAUUGUGGUCAAACAGGCGUAAAUGGUCUGCUUAAAUGGCAUUAUUCUCAUCAGCUUCAUAAUGUUGAUCGUCGUAAUCUUGUCUAUCCAUAUUGUCAAACGAGAACUACACGUGUCACAAAUGGUGCAUACACGUAUGACGCGAUAUCUCAUUACCAGUUGUGUCUUAUUUCUUUUUAUCGUUUACAUUUGGAGUGUUUGACAAGAUUAUCAACUCAAUAUGUAGCUAACCGUGAUAGUCAUUUUCAAAGCAUAAAAAAUGAUACAUUUCCAUUGGGAGCAUUGUUUGUACGCAGAAGUAUUGACUCACAGACAUCAAUACUAAUGCGAUCUUGUAUUCCUAGAGGUUUGCAUCAAACAAACACCUAUCCGGGCAAAUCUUUAAUCCCCUUGGAGACGUAUCAAAUUCCUCAGCAAAGAUUUCUCUGUAUGUUCGGUGAUGGUGAUUCUGUUAACAACGCCUUCAAUCAAUUAUUACCACUGUUGGCUGAACUUGCAUUCAAACUAUUGAAUAGCCUGUUGUGUGUAAAUCGUACGUUUUCAGGUGAUUCUAGUCUACACGAAAAUUGUUUUGUUAUCUGUCGUCUGCUUGGACGUGUUUGUUGGCAUCUUCCCGGUGAUACAGUUCGCAAACAUUUCAUUCCUGGUGGAAAGCUUACAAAAUCCUCUGUGUAUUCAUUGUUUUACAAGUUCUGUCAAUUUGGUCAACAGGAGUCAUCUCUAAUAAGUGAUGUAUUCAUCGAAUGUAUGUGUCUUAUUCUCAAUUGUGAAAGAUUACCUGAUUGUCCACAAACUGUUAAACCGGAUAAUUAUGGAACCACUCAAAGUAUUGAUCUGCAUAAAUCUAAGAAUAAAUCAUGGCCUUAUCCGAAUAACUCUGUGGUUAAUUAUGGUAUACAGCAAUGCAUGAAUUCACUAUGGCAUCUAUUACCGAAUCACCUGGUGUCGACUGCUCAAUCUGUUCUAUUCAAUCCAUCAGAUUGUUAUUCAUGCAAUUCAAGUGAUCAUUCACAUGUAAGAGGAGUUGGUGAUAACGCCGCUGCUGCCGCUGUUGAUGAUAACAGGAGAAGGGUGAAAUCAUCGACUAAUGGUCAUUAUGCCUUAUGUGAAUUAUUCUCUAAUUGUAUAAAUACUCUACUAAUUAAAAAAUCAGUAUCAAUUCAUUUUUGUUAUCCAGCGCAUACCUGUAAAGACGGUGUAAUUGAUUCACAUCCGUGUCUUUUGAAUAUUUUACGUUUGUAUUGCGGAAUUGUCGGUGAACCGAGUUUUAAGCCUUGGAAAAUCCUUUCACCUAGUUUGAAUCCUGAAAAAUCCUCAUCCCAUCAAAACAAUGAUCUACAAAUAAGCAUGCACAUUAAAAGCGUUAAAUAUGUAUUGAAAUCAGUUAAAAAGCUUGUAUUAUCAGUUCAAAAAGAAAACAAUUUAAAUGCAAACUCACCUUUUAUGAAGAGAGCUAUUGAACUGCGUCGUGAUGUAUACACAUUAACUAUUCAAUUCUUAGCCUGUGUAGCAGCUGACUCCUCAGAUUUACGUUUAUUCAUCCUGAAGUCUUCUGAAUUUUCAACAUUUUCAACUGAAUUAUUUACAGAUAGUUCAUUUGCUGCAGAAGGUAUAAAUCGUUCAAUUACUUCAGCUUUAGAAGUACUCUUCACAUGGUUUGCAUAUACAAAAGUGGAACAAAGUGGCUGUGCUAUUCAUCCUUUUGAUAAAUUUUGUCUUGAACAAUUAACUGCUUUAAUCCGAGAUUAUGCAUUAACUUCAACAUUACCAUUCUCGCUAUUUGAUCUCGAUCACGACAUGACUAAAGGACCUCGUGAUCUACAAGCCGUCCUUUUAACUGCUAUCUGUUCACGUAUUAAACUAUGUAAACCAAUGAAGGUUGAAGAGUCUGAAGUGAAUGAAAACACUUCAUUACUUCGUGGAAUUGAAGACAGUAUCAUCUCUUGUUCAUCGCAUACAAUGUCAUCGAUGUCAUUUGAAUACCUGUUGAUUAUUUUUAAAAUGAUAUCAAAUUAUUUAUAUCAUCGUCUUAGAUGUCUUGAUCAUCAAUUCUCAACAUCAUCAUCAUCAUCAAGUGGUGGUAAUAUUGUCAGUCAACGUGAUGUAAAUAAUAAUAAUAAUACUAAUAAUUUCGAGGCCUAUUUUUUAUGCUUAUCAUCGUAUUCCACUGUAAUUGAUGAAGAGCAUGAAUUUUAUAAUAAAAAUUCCACUUUAUGGUCAACAAUGGCUAGUAAUCGAAUUCGUCAGUUAGGCAGUAGUAUAAUUCCUGAUCAACUACCAGAAAAUCCAGCUUCUCUUGCCACAUUAUACAUGAAUCGGUUAACCUGUUAUUGUUGUUAUCUGCCCGGGAUAUGCUCUGCUGGUAAUGCCUAUUCACAAAUCCUAUCUACCUCUCUAUAUCAUGAUAAGUGUCUAUCCAUCAUUCUUGGUAAUUUGUGUAAAAUACUAAUUGAAAAUUCUACUUCUACGGAUAGACAAAAAUUGUUGACAUAUUUUACAAAGCAUACAGAAUUAUUUUUAGCAUCACUACGUGUUAGUCAUGUACCAGCUUCACUGAGUACAAUGAUUACAUUAUCUUGCCUGAUUAAUGGAUGGAAAACACUCAGACGAUUAACUGAAUUAAUUAUUAGGCAUUUUAAAGCAUAUAGUAUAUGUGAUUGGGUAUUUUAUUGUGUACUGACUAUUACAACCUACUCUUCUUCGUCUACUUCUACGAAUACUACUGCAGAGAAUUCAAUGCAUACAACUAGAAUUGUAAAACACUUAAUCCAUUCAUUGUUAUCUACAUACCCGUUAAAUUCAUGCUGUCUAUUCUUAUUAUUAAGUUUAUUCAUUUCAACCGAUACAAGUAUAUUGUGUAACAAAGACUAUGCUGACAUAAUUUUACAAACAUUUGUUGAUGAUACCCAGUGUUUAGCAGUAAUGAUAGAAAAUCAAAUUAUUGCUUUCCCAUCCUCAUCCCCCUACUUUAAACUUUCAUUGGAAUAUACAAACAAGCGGCGAAAUAGUAUCAAUUCAUCUGAAUUAGGUCAAGCUUUGUUAAAUCAAUCAUUAUGCUUUAAUAUACCAUGUUAUCAACAAUCUUCAGCACUGAAUUUUCAAUGUUUAAAUCAAUCUCUCCCUAUCGGUUUGUCUGGUCCAAUUCAUGCUUUUAAACAAUCAUCAAUAAAGUGUCUACAGGAUAUAAUUGAUUUGAAUUAUCCAUCGAGAAAAGAUAAGCAAACAUCACAUACUAUUACUAACACUACUGCCGCCAGUUGUCAGUGUCCAAGCGUGAAUAAAACCCUUGUUGGUAAAUCUGAGCUCAAAGCAUUGGCGACAAUUUGUCGUCGAAAAGAUUUGCUGGAUUUUGCGCCAACAGCUUUAAUUUAUUCUGAUAUACUAGAUGAACAAAUGGCAUCAUUUUGUCGGACACUAUCAGUUAUCGAUGAUUAUAACGUUGGUGACUGUGAAAAUAAUAUCAUUUACCCAAUGUAUUUAGGCUAUUCUGCGUAUAAAUCUGCACCGAUGACUUGUACUGAAUCGGGUGUAAUUGAAGAAGAGGAUGAUCUUAAGAAUUCUAACACCACUGCUACUACUAGUACUACUCAUGAUAAUGCUAAUAAAAGUAGUAAUGAUAGUAAUACAAAUAAUGUCGAUUUAUCAAGUAAACUUCUUGUCGAGAAAUUCAGCUUAUCCGAAUUGACAAGAACAAGUUUCAUUUUUCAAAAUGAUAAUGAAUGCUUACAAAUUGUUGUUCGACUACCGUGUUUAAUUCAGUUGGAGUGUGUUUAUUUAUCAACAAAGAAUUCAGCUAUAUCAGCUAGUCCUGCAGCAGUUGAAGUUGAACUAUAUCGUGAUCUACCCGGUGCUUCUCGACGAUCUUUUGUUAGUUCACAUAAAUCUGGUACAUUUCCAUCAGCUAGUAAUAGUAGUAGUAGCAGUUCAACUCGUCAGAAUACACACACUACGUCCCCUGAAUUUCAUACAAUCAUAUUUUCGCCUCGUUUAGUAUCACAUGUUCUACUACGACUCUACCGGCCUUUUGAUCGUGAUAAAAAUCUUCAUGUGGACAAUUUACGUCUACUAGGACAACAUACAGAUGUUAAACAGUGUUGCAAGGAAAUCCGUAUAAGUAAUCCUGACAGUUAUGCAGCUACGGGUACUGAACGAACAAGUACCAAGUAUUCAGAUAUCAAAAUGCGAGCAAUUAUUCUUCUGCAUUUAAUUCACAAUGAACUGAUUUCACAAACAUCGUUACCAUCGAAUGAGUUUUAUUCCAGCCAAUUUGUUGAGUUACUUUUACAAUCCUUAGAAACUGUCAGCAUGAAUGAACAACUUUCAUUCUAUACACGUCAAUUCCUACAAAUGGUUUCUUGUCGUCAACAAAUUUCUGAAAUUACUAGCUACAUAAAUAAUCUUACCAGUGAAUCAAUGCAAAGUGAAUGGUUCUAUCCAUUAGAGGCAUAUAAUGCGUCAACGUCGUCUUCAUCGGCUUUCUCCUCUUCUAUGCCCUAUUCUUGGGAUUCAUAUCCUUCAUCUGCUGUUAUGUGUGAACGUAUUUUAUUGGGAUUAUUGAUAAACACGACAAGUCAUAAUUGUAACGAUUUUGCUGGUUACUUAAUCUUAAGAUUACUUGACCAUUUCCCAGACGCUAUGCAAGAGUAUGAUCAAAUUGAGUCAUUUAUAAGUGAAUCAGAAUUGGAACAAGUUUCUACAGAUUAUGAAGACUUCAAUUCUCUCUAUCUGUUUGGCCCAUUAGCUUCAUUAGCAUCGACACCUUAUCAACGCUUGUUUGCCUGGUUAUGUCUACAUCAAGAUGCUGAACAGUCUAAGCGUAUUGAAUUUGUCUUCGACUGGUUAAACUAUUUGUAUAAAAUUUUCAUACCAAGACAACCACCUUCUAUUUUAUAUUCUAGGCUUUUCACUCAUUGGUCUCAAUUAUUAUUAAUAUUUUCAAGUGUUUUAUGGAGUUUGCAUAACAGUAAUGUUAGUAGUAGUGGUAGUCAAACAAAUUGUACACAUUCAUGGCGAAAAUGUCUAACAGUCGAUUUAAUUAGUUCUCUUCAUGACUUGUGCAUUUCAUUGAGGCAUCAUCGUGAAAAAUAUGUACAUAUAACAAAGCUGGAUGAUAAUUGCAUCGUUGAAAUUGAACACUUCUGUGAUGCUCUAACCAGUCUAUUAUGCUCAUUAUGCUCAAUUGAACCGAAUGCUGUGCCUAUCCUCUUAUCAAAACUGUUAGUAGUUUCCACCUCUUCGUCUUCUGCAACUGCUGCUUCUCCUUCUAUUACUGUUGAUCAAAAUCAGGAAUCUUUAUUAUUUAAUAGUCAGCUAAAGAUUUUAAAUUCAAUUCUUUCUUCUGAUCCUAUUGUCUACUCUGUUCUAUGCAUGAAUAGUGAAUCGCCGACGACACCACCAACAACAACCACAACAACAGUAUCAGAUAACUUUUUCUAUGAUUGUUGUAUUUGGCUGGUAAAUUAUCUUUCUAGUUAUAACGCCUUUUCUCCCAACACCUCAUCAUCAUUAUCCUCAUCUGUCCAUUCAGCUGUAAGACGUCUAGACAUGUUAACCUACUUUAUGCAAUCAAAUCAACCGACCGUCUUGAGAAGUGCUCUUGGCAAGUUAAUUUGCGAUCAUCUUCUACCGGUUAUAUUUUCUACAUUCACUUCAAUGUUGAAUUCAUCAAAUAUCUAUGAAUUUUGUCAACUACAAAAAGCAACUAUCGAAUUGUAUGAAGCAAUGAAAUUACCUAUACCUGUGCAAAAAUCACCUUCUGAUGAUUUGUCAAAUGUAUAUUGUGAAAAGACAACUUUAGAAGCUUCAGAUGUCUAUGUGAAUCGUUCAAAUGAUCUUCUUAUUGGAGCUUUUAAGGAAUCACUUUCAAACUCCAAUUUUGAACUGCCGAAUUUUCUAUCGGAACUAAUCUUCCAGCGAACACCUAAGCCUAUUGUUUUUAAACAGACAAUUGCAGUAUUCGCAGUCACUUCAUCAAAUGAUUCAAAUACCCGAUUGAUUUACCCUGGCCACUUACUGACUACUCCAUCGAACUAUUCAAUUCAUCCGAGUCUGACAACAGCCAUCCUGUUGAUAAAUAUCAAUCAACCGAUAGUCAUCCCAUCAGCAGCAGCAGCAGCAACUGAUGCCAACAAUUAUAAUGAUAUUCCGUUUAGAAAAGAUUUAUGCUUAAAACAUUUACGACUAAUCCUAUACUACUUAUUACAUCCAUAUUCACCUAUACUUCAGCAGAGUAUAUCACGUCCAAUGAAAUUAGCCAAUUCACCAGGAAUCCAUACUACUAAUGAUUUUGAAUUAAGUCUUGCAUAUUGUCUUCCAAAAAACAUUGCAUCAUCAAAAGAUUGGAAUAAAGCCCUAUUUCUACCUGAAGGUUAUUCAGAUUAUUGGAGUACAGAAAAAUUGUAUAGAUUAGUUAAUUUUUCUCUUGUCGUGAAUGAAUCUCAUCUUCUCUGCCUUCUGGUUAGACCGUGUGAACAUGCAAGAUUUCUAUCACAUCCACCAAUAGUAAAACAAGACAUGAAAUCAUAUACCUUGAUCGAAAACAAGAAGACGAAGAAGAAAGAUAACUUCUUAUCCUCUGAGCUGUUUGUUCACGAUUACCAAUCAUAUACAAGAAUAUUUUUGAAAUCUGGUCUACUUCAUUCAAUUGCGCAGUCAAUUGUCAAUCGUUUACUCAAUACUCCUAAUCGACUUAGAGGUGAAACAGCGGAUCAUCUGACGGGAUUUUCAUCAAAGCAGCAGUUGAGAAAGGCUACUAAACAGUUCAAUGCUUGUAUUAUGUCAUCAUUAGAUUGUAUAAAUACCUGGAGUCUAUUGGAUGACUGUGAUAUUGAUAACAUUAUUAAUAGUAAUACUAAUAAUAAGUCAUGUGUCAUGUCAUCUCUGCCUAUGCAUUGUAUAAUCGCCUAUAUCAUUUUACUAAGAUUAACUCACUAUGAUCUAACCUUGUUGAAUAUGAUUGAAUCACGUGGCUGUCAUGUGAUUUCAACGAUAGCCAACCAACCAGGUUUAAUGUAUCUACCGAAUUAUUUAAUUCAAUUAGCAGCUAAUCCAAACUGUUGUCCUACCUCUUCUUCACUAUGCGAUAGUAGUCAUAGUAAUAGGGAUAGUAGUAGUAUACUUGGCAAUAAUUCUGAAAAUUCAACAUACUCUAAGAUUUUACCACUUCAUUGUUUAUGUCAUUUCUAUGAAAAUGUGAGCAAUGAUGUUGGCGAGGUUUCCGUCUAUGCCAGCUUAACAUUACCAGGUUUACGUUGGGAGCAUUUAAACUCUGGGGUAUUACAACUUCUUCUAAGUUAUAUGUGUGUUCUCUCACGUGGAUCGUGUUCAUAUUUACCGGAUGCAUUUGAUACGGUUGAAUUGAAUGCUUAUCUUUGUGCAAAUCAACCAAACUGUGUUAAUAAUCAUCAGCAUUUGUUAUCGUCGACAAUUGAAACAAUCAAUUGUCUGUAUACAAAUCUAAUAAAACCAGCCUGUUUAAACUUUGAAAGUGAAUUGUUUCCUUCAACAUCGUUAUCAUGUCAACAAACAGUAUCUAGUAUGAAUAGUAAAACCAAUAAAUAUCAAUGGGAUAAUUUUCCAUCAUCGAUAGCAACAUCCACUUCGCAUAAACCGGUUAUUAUUACCGCUUGGGCAAAAGGGACUGGAUUUACAACAAAUACGCCAACAGCAGCAACAACAAUACUACCAACAAUAGUUGGAGACGGGGAUUCAACCAGUGCUCCUAACAAUUCGUAUUCUAAAAUGACACAAUCAAAAGUUGAACGUGAAGAUCAGUAUGCUAUUGUAUUAUGCAAUACUUUGAGUGGAUUUCUUAAUACAUUUAUGAAUAGCAGAUCGAAUCAUGAUGGCGAUAAUGAUAACGACGAUGAAUUAUUCGGAUCAAUUGUUUCUUAUUUUAUGAUGAAAUUUAAUCUAAUCAACUUUAUUAUUAAUUAUCUACGUAAUAAUUCUAUUGUUGAAAUAGUCAGUCGUAUUUCAUUGUAUAGAUCUAUAUUUCGACUAAUUCAUAGUAUUGCCUUAUGCCCACAAUUGCAUUGGUUAUUGAUAUUUGUUCAAGGAGAUUUAGACAAUAGGCUGAUUGUAGAAUAUUCUUCUAAAUUAUUCAAUGCAUUUCAAUCUUAUUGGAGUGAUGAUACAACAAAUGCGUCAAUAAUUGUGAAUACUAUCACUGAUAAUCAUGAUAAUAAUAAUGAGGAUGAUUUGAAUAAGUGUUUCAGCAAUAUUGAUUCUUCGUGUGUUAUUGCCUUAUCAAAACAAAUACUAUCUUAUUUGUCCAAAUAUAUGGAACAUUUAAAUAAACUAGGAUUAAAUAAGUCUGUUGGAUCAGAUUAUCUUUCAGGAGAACAGUCUACACUUAAAACGCCUAAAACCGAAGUGAUUGCACAACCUGCUAACAAACCUAGUAAAGGUUUAACUCGUCAACCAUCUAUACGUUAUCGUACCGGUCUAAAGAAAACUAGUGGAAACUUCACAAAGACUCCUAAUAAUAAUACUAAUUCAUUGCUGACUGGAAGCGUCUUGUCAAAUUCUGAAUUUGAUGAUGACACAUCCAAUUUGGAAUCAUCAUUUAAUAAUCAUCAUCACCAGACAAUCAUCAAAACUUGUAGUCUGCUACAGCUGAAAUCUGGUUUCUUUGAUCUUUUGGAUGAAACUAGUGAUGAAAGCGGCGAUGGUACACUAUCGACUGUGACAGAAACUGAUGAAAAACACAAUGAAGAGGGCAAUGGUGUUUUGAAGCAGUCUGUUGAAGAGUUAUCCGACAAUAUUGGUGUUGGUGAUAAUAAUAAUAACAAUGGUCGAUCCCAGACUAUUGAACCAGUGCAGGUAAAUGGAUCCAAUGAAAGCAAUAAUGAUUUACCUAAUGGUUCAUCUCAUUGUGAACAAUUGAAUAAUAACAAUGAACUGAACAAUAAAUCUUCGAGUAUAGUUUACAAUAAAUCGAGUAAUUCAAUCUAUGUUAAUCAACAUUUACUGAUUACGCUGAAUGAAUUGAAGAAUACAUUUAAAAUAUUAAAAAUUAUAUUAAUGUAUCAACAGUUAUCUGUUGUAAAUAAAGAUUUCGAUCACGAUGUCAAUAGUUCCGAAGAUCAAUCAUCUACAGACGGUCAGACUAGAAGUGGUAGUGGAAUACCAAACAGUCAAGUCGUGCCAAUAAGUUCAAGUACAUCUUCAACUAAUCAAGAUUAUUGCUUAGCUUUGAAAAGUAUACAAUUUUGCAUGAUGAAGUUCUUAUCAGUUUCAGAAAAGAAUACUGUAUCUUUGCUAGUACCACAUGCAUACGCUGAUUUAUGUACUAAACAUGAAGGUUUAGUUUUACUGAAUCGUAAUAUAAAAAAGUCGCCUGAUAGUGGCGAUACAUCAUCCACUUCUGCUGUUGUGCCUUCUGUUCCUGCUUCUGCUGCAUUAUCAUCUAGUGAUCUUAAAAAACCAUCGUCGUCAUCAAAAUUACAAGUAACACCAAAGAAUCGAUCAUUGGAUUGUUUACAACGCCUUGCUCAAGAAGUUGUCACAUUGAGUACUAGUCUUCCAUUAUCAGAAAAUGCCAGCGUGUUUAUGCGAUGUGAUGAAAAUCAUUUAUGUUUAAUCAAGGCAAUAAUUACUGGUCCACCGGAUACACCUUAUUCAGGUGGUUGUUUUGAAUUCGAUAUAUACAUUCCACCAAGUUAUCCAAGCCAACCUCCGUUGGUUGAAUUUCGUACAACAGCAAAAAAUACAUUCCGAUUUAAUCCAAAUCUUUAUGAAGAUGGUAAGGUAUGCCUGUCAAUAUUGAAUACAUGGCAUGGAUCUGCUGAAGAACGAUGGAAUCCUGAAACAUCCAGUUUAUUACAAGUAUUGGUAUCUAUUCAAUCAUUGAUUUUUGUACAUGAACCGUACUUCAAUGAACCUGGUUUUGAAUGUACUAUGGGCACACCGAAAGGUAUUGCUAUCAGUUAUAAAUACAAUGCUCGAAUUCGUGCUGCUACUGUUCGUUGGGCUAUGAUUAAUCAGUUAAAACAUUUACCAGUUGGCUUUGAAGAAGUAAUUCUGAAGCAUUUCCUUCAUAGACGUCCAUUUAUUAUCUCUCAAGUUGAACAGUGGAUCUUAGAAAUGCAUAAUCAUGAACAAUUUAAAGGAAUAGAAGUUUACGUCAAAGAACUCGAGGAUUCUUUGACUAUUUUGAAAAUUGAAUUUCAACAGCUCGAAGGACGUUUAAUCAAUUGGGAAGAGAAAAAGAAAUCAUUGACUCAGUAA